AAGUUCUUGAGUACUUUAAAAUGGAGAAAAUUCGAGAAAAACGAGAAGCAGGAAUCCAGAGGAAUAAAGCAAGUUUAAAAGCCUUACAAGAUAGAGAGACCGCAAGCGAAAGGCCUUCGUGGCUUCCGGAUGAAAGGAAAGCAGAGUUGGGGAUUGGUUCUGUUAGUGGACACCCUUACAAGAUGAAUGUGAACACAUCAAAUGAUUUUAAAACCAAUCCAAAGGAGACAGUGGUAUUAGAUGAGAACACUAUAGAAUCUGAAGAUUCAUCGGGUGAAGAAUACGGAACCGGGUGUAAUGAAAUUACGUAUGCAAUUGAGGAGGAUGAAGAAGAUUUUUCAGAGAGGGAAUAUGUCGAAAAUGUGGAGAAUUUAUCCAACAUAACCUCUACUCCUCUACGGUUACAGCCAGAAAGAAUGCAGAAAUUGGAGUCUCGAGCAAAAACGCAAUGUGUGUUUGAAGAAGCUGAGACCUCGAAAGACGAAAAUGCUUGGGGAGAGGCUUGUGUUGUAUCUAACCUAGUUGAGUCUUUUGAAGAGAAAAGCUCGCAUGGUGUUGUGGUUGAAUGUGAUGAUAAGGCGAGGGAGAUCCCGGGUUUGACUGGAUCACUUACUGUUGAAAUCAACCUGGACUGUGAACCUGCAAGUGAUAGUUUGGUAGAGAAGAAUUGGAAUAAAAGUGGGAGCGAAGGAAUAGGAAAAAGAUACAUUGAGAUCAUUGACCUAGAGAGUGACGUAUGUGGCUCAUCAAAGGUUGUUAAAGGGACUCGAGAAUCAGGAGAUAAGAGUGAAGAGCCUCUGAAAGCUCAAGCUGAGCAGGAGGGACCUGCUAAUGAGUGGGUCUUCUUUCCAAACAGAGAAGCCCCUUCACAUUCUGUACUUGUCUUUGGCGAUUAUAAUGCUAGAUCAUGUGUAGAAGAUCUUAGCAACACCAUUGAGCUUGGUUCAAACCCGCAAGAAAAGAACAUCAGUGGCUCUAAAAAGCGGAAGAAGAAUACGGAAACAUGUUCAUCUAAGAACAUGAAGAAGAAAGGCAUUGAAGCACCAACCAAAAAACUUGAGAAAGGCAAAACACCACCACACAAACCGCAUGGCAAGAAGGGAAGUUUGAGUGUAAACAUGGACAAAAAACUUGAUGAUUGGCCUGAGAUGUGCCCAAACUUCCCAUUUGAACCACUCACAAGAUCAUUUCAAGUAGAGGAUGACUCGGUAAUCCGCAAGUACUUGGAGCAACAACACUUUGCAGCUACAGGAAGUGCUGAUACUUGUCCAUCUUUACCUGAUUUCGCAUUGGCUAGCUUCUCCAACAUCAAAAUCUCACUGAAUGAAGAACCUGCAUCCAAGAAAAAGAAGAAUCCUAAUCCUCCAUGUGUACAGGUUGCAAGUUCAAGCUUACCUAGUUGCAGUUCCAUGGGUACUAGUGUGCUACAAACAGUUGCAGGAAACUAAAGAGACACUGAGACUUGACAAGCUUAAGUUGUUCAAAGAAGUCAUGUAAGAAAAAUUAGUAAACAGGACGUGUAUGUAUGAUCCAUAAACUUAAAUGAACAUUUGUCUUUUCU